AUGGCGGAUGAAAAGCAUUUCGACGCUGCUUCCAGCAGCUCCUCGGACCCCAACAACGCCGCUCUCAGCAGCCAAGGCGGCUCGCACUUCUACCCGACCACCAUCGCCGAGGUCGCACCCGUCGAGCGCUCGUCCAACCCAGUCAAGCGCAUCUACAGCAAGCCCGUCAUUCAGGUCGCCCUCGUCGGAAUGGUCUGCUUCCUCUGUCCCGGCCUCUUCAAUGCCAUUUCGGGUAUCGGAGGCGGUGGCCAAGUCAAUUCAGAUGCUUCCAACAAAGCUGCAGUCGCUCUCUACUCGACCUUCUCUGUCGUCUCGUUCUUCGCCGGUACCAUCCACAACAAGCUUGGAUCGCGUCUCACCCUUGGCCUCGGCGCUACUGGAUACUGUCUCUACAUUGGAUCCUUCCUCUCGUACAACAUCAACCAGAACCAAGGCUUCGUCAUCGCUGCAGGUGCCAUCCUCGGCGUCUGCGCUUCGCUUCUCUGGACUGCCCAAGGUGCACUCAUGCUCGCAUACCCAACGGAAUCGCAGAAAGGUACCUUCAUCAGCGUCUUCUGGAUCAUCUUCAACUUUGGCGCGGUCCUCGGCUCGGCGAUCCAGCUCGGCCUCACGUACAACUCUACCGCCAACUCGGUGUCCAACAGCACCUACGCUGCCUUUGUCGUUCUGACAGGUCUCGGCGCCUUUGUCGCGGCCAUGUUGACGGAUCCUGCCAAGAUGGUGCGCGACGAUGGCACGCGCAUCAUCGUCCCUGCACAGACUACCUGGGUUAAGGAGCUUCAGGGACUCUUCAUCCUUCUCAAGUCUGACCCGUGGGUCGUGCUCCUGUUUCCCAUGUUCCUCGCUUCCAACUGGUUCUACACUUGGCAGUUCAACGACUACAACGGUGUGCUGUUCACGCUUCGGACUCGCUCGCUCAACAACCUGCUCUAUUGGCUCAGUCAGAUGGUUGGCAGUUUGAUCAUUGGUCAGGUGCUGGACAACAAGCGCAUGUCGCGACGAUCGCGCGCUUGGCUUGGCUGGUCCAUCGUUUUCCUCAUCAUGUGGGCUGUCUGGGGUGGUUCGUACGAUGUGCAGAAGACCUAUACCCGUGCUACGGUGCUCGACGAGACGACGCGCAUCGAUUUCAGCGACCGAAGCAAGUACGUCGGCUACUGCUUCCUCUACAUCUUCUCCGGCGUGCUGGAUGCGGUUUGGCAGAACUUGGCCUACUGGCUCAUCGGCGCGUGCUCGAACGAUCUCUCUAAGCUCGGCUAUCUGGCUGGGUUCUACAAGUCGAUCCAAUCGGCUGGCGCUGCAGGCGCGUUUGCGAUGGACAACGAUAAGCAUCCUUUCAUGACCAACCUGGCGGUCACUUGGGGCUUGUGCGUCGCAGGCAUGCUCUUUGUGAUUCCGGUCAUCGCGCUGCGAGUCAAGGAACAUACCGAUCCACUGCAGGAGGUGACUGUGCCCGGUCGAGCAGAGGAGAUCGCCAAGGUGGAUCACCUGGUCGACGCUGCUCAAGAGAAGCACGCUUGA